UACCUAUCCCAAAAUCGCCGUUGAAGUUUGACUUGGACCAAACUUCUAGUAUUAUUUUAUAUCAGAGUGCCGCUCGGCCCGGCCACGUCCCGUCCCGUUCCCCGCCCGAGUUCUCCACCUCUCCAUCUGUACAGCCGCGCGCGUCCCUCCUCCCGCCUAUCGUCCCUCUGCUUUUCACGGUGUCCACAUCGUUGCUGCGUCCGCUGGUCCCGGUUGCUUCUUCGCCCUUCUCCGCCGCUUCCUCUGGUCCUCGUCGCUGCUACUGCUAGUCCAGUCCUUCUGCCGUCCAGUGCUGCCCCUCGCCGCUGGUUUUCGUCCUCAAUCACGCCGCAUCUGCCCCUCGCCGCGCCCUCGGAUAACUGCAGUAUUAUAAUUCACAAGAUCGAGGUUAUGGAGGCAGCGACCUUCCCUGCUGCGCAUCCACAAAUGAGAUUUCUCGGUUCCAAUCAUAAAUUGUCAAGGCCCCAGGUCAGGUCUAUAUCUGUUUCUGGCCACUCAUAUGGGGAAUUACUGGAUUUUGAUAAACCAACUUCUCAAGCAGUGGUUGCUUUAAGUUCCAGUUCAAGUGGUAAAAGCAUUGCCAUCAGCAGGGGAUCACUCCUGCUCAGUCCUGCUCAAAAGAGACAUCCAGUUGGACAAACAUUUUGUGCAGCCUCUGCAGGAGAAUACACAUACGGUGAAAGUCUUAUUGAAUCUCAUUCGGACACCACAGAAGACAGGGUUGGUGUGCUGCUCCUGAAUCUCGGAGGGCCAGAAACACUGCAUGAUGUUCAGCCAUUUUUAUUCAAUUUAUUUGCAGAUCCGGAUAUUAUAAGACUUCCCAGGCUGUUUCGAUUUCUUCAGCGACCUUUAGCUCAAUUAAUUUCUGUGCUUCGUGCUCCUAAAAGUAAAGAAGGGUAUGCUGCCAUUGGAGGUGGCUCACCUUUGCGUAAAAUAACAGAUGAGCAGGCAGAUGCAAUCAAAAUGGCCUUGAAAGCAAAGGGAAUGCCUGCAAAUGUCUAUGUUGGAAUGCGGUAUUGGUACCCAUUCACUGAGGAGGCAAUUCAUCAGAUCAAGAGGGACAGAAUAACAAGACUGGUGGUGCUGCCACUUUACCCACAAUUCUCCAUCUCCACAACUGGCUCAAGCCUCCGUGUACUCCAGAAUAUAUUCAGUGAAGAUGCGUAUCUGUCAAGGUUGCCUGUUUCUAUUAUACAGUCCUGGUACCAAAGAGAAGGUUAUAUUAAGGCUAUGGCUGACUUGAUUGGGGAAGAACUAAAGAAAUUUCCUAAGCCUGAGGAGGUCAUGAUAUUCUUCAGUGCCCAUGGAGUGCCUGUGAGUUAUGUGGAGGAUGCAGGAGAUCCAUACAAAGAUCAGAUGGAGGAGUGUAUUUACUUAAUAAUGCAAGAACUAAAAGUUAGAGGAUUCAAUAACGAUCAUACCCUUGCCUAUCAGAGCCGAGUUGGGCCUGUACAAUGGCUGAAGCCCUACACUGAUGAAGUUCUGGUUGAGCUUGGCCAGAAAGGUGUGAAAAGUCUCCUAGCUGUCCCUGUAAGCUUUGUGAGUGAGCACAUAGAGACUCUUGAAGAGAUUGACAUGGAGUACAAGCACUUGGCCCUUGAAUCUGGAGUUGAAAAUUGGGGCCGUGUACCUGCUCUAGGUUGCACCUCAACUUUUAUUACAGAUUUGGCAGAUGCAGUAAUAGAAGCCUUACCGUCAGCUAAAGCCAUCUCAACCUCAAAGAGCACCUCAGAAGAAGCUGAUUAUGAUCCCUUGAGUUAUGCUAUCAAAAUGUUUUUCGGUUCAAUCUUAGCAUUUGUUUUGCUCUUGUCCCCGAAAAUGGUUCAUGCAUUCAGGAAUCAUGUGUUUUGAAGAUGAUAAAGAUUAGAAGGACUCCCUCGGAUAAUAAAGUACAUCAAGAUUGGCAAAGUCACAGAAUGGUAAACAGGAUUCCUCUUGAUGUUAGUUUUGUGUUUUUGCUUGUUCCAGACUUGAUAUUUUACAUUGGGAUGUAGCUGGAAUUAGUGUAGUUUUUCCCAGCAUUCUAUUAGCUUGUUUACAACUACUUUGAAUCACACGAAGAAGAGGUGUUAAUUGCAAUUGACAUCUCCCAAAUUACAUGUAUCUGCAUAAUAUUUUGUGCAUAAUCAAAAGUUAAAGGUGAAUUUGGAGUUGCAA